GUCGGCGUACAGAAGCUGUUCAUGUAGCUAAAUGGGUGGUGUUAGCGCGCUAAUGUAGGAGGUGGGAGAAACGAGCGAUGGCCAUCGACGCCGAGGACUGAACCCGAGGUUUCUGGCGGCUCUGCGGGAACGGAAACAUUGCACUUGUGGUACUCUUCUUCAUUCUGCGUUGCACAGAUCAGAUGCGUGUGUGUCGGGGUGGCGCAGCAGCUAUGGCAGACCGAGAGGAGCGGCGCUUUGCCGAGGUGCCCAGAGAGUCUAUUAGACUCAUGGCGGAAAGUGCAGGUGUGGAGCUCAGUGACGAUGUGGCUGCCCUGUUGACGGAGGAUGUGUGCUACCGCCUAAGAGAGGCUACCCAGAACAGUUCUCAGUUUAUGAGGCAUGCCAAGCGCAGGAAGCUGACGGUGGAGGACUUUAACAGAGCCCUUCGCUGGAGCAAUGUAGAGGCGGUGUGUGGGUAUGGGGCCCAAGACACUUUGCCCUUCCGCCCCAUCAAGGAAGGCGACCUGUUCUUUGUGGAAGACCGUGAAGUGAACCUGGUGGAACUGGCACUGGCCACCAACAUCCCCAAAGGCUGCGCGGAGACAAUGGUGCGAGUACAAGUAUCCUACCUGGAUGGAAAGGGGAACCUGGAGCCUCAAGGCACAGUGCCCAGUGCUGUACAGACUUUGUCCGACGACCUUCUCAAGUACUACCAACAGAUCACACGCUCCAUCCUGGGAGAAGACCCACAUCUCAUGAAGGUGGCUUUGUUGGAUCUCCAGUCCAACUCGAAGAUUGCUGCCCUUCUGCCAUACUUUGUAUAUGUCAUCAGCGGGGUGAAAUCUGUGAGCCACGACCUAGAGCAGCUAAACAGACUGCUGCACAUGGUCAAGAGCCUGGUGCAGAAUCCCUACCUUUACCUGGGCUCGUAUGUGCGCAGCCUAGUCUCCAGCGUCAUGUACUGCAUCCUAGAGCCCCUGGCUGCCUCAAUCAACCCCCUGAACGAUCACUGGACCCUCCGCGACUAUGCUGCACUGCUCCUCAGCCACAUUUUCUGGUGGGACCAGUCCUUUGUUUCAAAAGCUAUUUAUUACUUGGACCUUCAACCUUUUAGUCAGAAGUCUAGUUCCUUCACCACUAGGCUACUUGCUGUGAUGAGAGGGAGUUCUGUGCCUUUACGUUAUUGGUGCCCACAAUAUUACAAUUGCCAUGUAAACUGUAACCUUUUCCUUCACCUGUUUGCCAGGACUCAUGGAGAUCUAGUCAGUGGUCUGUACCACCAGAUCCUGCUGUCUCUGCAGAAGGUGCUGUCAGACCCGGUUCGCCCACUCUGCUCUCAUUACGGCGCUGUGGUGGGCCUACAUGCUCUUGGCUGGAAGGCUGUGGAACGGGUCCUGUACCCCCACCUGCCUGCUUACUGGGCCAACCUGCAGGCAGUGUUGGAUGACUACUCUGUGUCAAACGCCCAGGUCAAGGCUGAUGGGCACAAAGUGUACGGGGCAAUCCUGGUGGCAGUAGAGCGACUGCUGAAGAUGAAGGCCUUGUCUCUCUCUGUCAAUGCUGAGGGAGGGAUUGGUGGGUUACCGAGGCCAGGCGGGAUCAUGGGGUGCCGUGAGAGUUCUCCUGGGCUGAGUCCUCCUCCCGAGCCCCUGUCAGAACCUGGUCUGGGCAUCGCUAGCCACCUGCAUGCAGGGGGUGCCGGGUGCCCCUGGGAGGAUUGGACGCCCGUGCCUUUGCCCGCCAUGUACUGUGAGCUGUACUCCUUCUUUGGGGACAGCUUGGCAGUUCGUUUCAGCACAGGUCCAAGCUUGGGCAACAGCCCUCCAGCCCCUUUGGCUCAACCUCCCACUACAAGGAAGGAGCUCCCUGGUGGCACUGCCAACCUGGACACUGCACGCAAAAUGCCCCAGCUCACUGCCAACCUCAACAUCAGUCCCCGUCAGGAUGGCAGCCCCCACGGCGAGUUGACAGCACCCAGCAUGGUUUCCGGGAGAUCUUUGGCUCGUUCCUCCUCCUCUUCAUCAGUGCAACGCUCCCGGUCAUCUUCCUCCCGACCAGGCCAGCGACCGUCAGGGCUAUCCCGUGAUGUCUUCCCCAAGGCACGCUUCAACCCCUUGCCAGCUGGACCACCCAUCUUCUCCUUUGUCAUCGGGGGUCGGCAGAUGGGCCGGCGCUGUCAGGGACGCCGCUUCCAGACCACUUUCACACCGUCACAGCCUCUGUCUGCGGUGUCGUCACGCACCUAUGCACACAAGCUGCCUGUCAUUGGCAGGGUGGGAAAGCCGGUGCGCCGCUGGACCUGCUCUCAGUACUCGCUCCACCUACCACUCUGAAUGCCAUGAAUGUGGUCAUGGCUGUGGUUGUAGACAUGGUAAUAGAUAUAGUUCUUGGUGUCUCCAGCUGCUCUUGCCUAGUGCAACAGGUCCAAAUGGUGUUUAACCCCACAUCUAAUGAGCAUCACUUCUAAAUGAGCAGCAGACCAGCACGUGGGGCAAUUGGUCCUAUGAAGAAACUCAAAAAAUAUUGGAGAUGGCACUGGGUGGGCAUGCUUUCCGCGAGUGCUGUACUUUGAACUGCCCAAAGUAAUAGUUGUCCUUUUUGACAAUAGGAAAUGUGUGGUUUGUUGAUAAGGGUAACACUAGAAUAGUGCUGAUACACCACACAUUACUUUCUCUUUCCUAUAUGCUUGCAGCAGGGCACUUGUGUGUGUGUGUGUGUGUGUGUGUGUGUGUGUGUG